UUUAGCCACAGCCAGUAGGAGACGCAACUGGACUGUCCAGUUCCAACAGCAGGACCUACGGUGAGUUUGCACAGAGAAGGGGCAUCGAAUAUGCCUGACAGGCUGAGCCAUAAAUGGUGUUUUCGAGCCUUUAAGAGCAGAGCUUCCCCAGAAUUGGUCUGAUCACAGACUGGCAGCGCCAUGAGGGCCCUGGUGCCUCUUCUGUCUCUGCUUGUCCUGGGCGUCCAGGCCCAGCAUGGGUCCGAGUGGACCUACUCAGAUGGGGCGCUGGAUCAAGCACAUUGGCCGAAGGAAUACCCCGCCUGCGGGGGACAGAGACAGUCACCCAUCAAUCUGCAGACGAGGAAGGUGCAUUACAACCCCUCCCUGCAGGCGCUCAACCUGACGGGCUACGACACCCAGGUGGGAGAGUUCUCCAUGACCAACAAUGGCCACACAGUUCAGAUCAGCCUGCCUCCCACCAUGCACCUGAGGGCCCCUGAUGGCACCAAGUACAUAGCCCAGCAGAUGCAUUUUCACUGGGGAGGCGGAUCCUCGGAGAUCAGUGGCUCUGAGCACACCGUCGACGGGGUCAGACAUGUGAUCGAGAUUCAUGUUGUUCACUACAAUUCUAAAUACGCGAGCUACGAUAUCGCCCAAGAUGCACCGGACGGUUUGGCUGUGCUGGCAGCCUUCAUUGAGGUGAAGGAUCGUGCUGAAAACAUUUACUAUAAUGACUUCAUUUCUCAUUUGGCCAACAUCAAGUAUGCAGGACAAAGCACAACCCUGACUGGCCUGGACCUUAAGGACAUGCUGCCGGCCAACUGCCAGCACUACUACAGCUACGAGGGGUCGCUCACCACGCCUCCCUGUACCCAGAACGUCCACUGGUUUUUGCUGGCAGAUUAUGUCUUGCUCUCCAGGCAGCAGGUUUUGAAGCUAGAAAAUUCCUUAUUGGAUCACCAUAACAAGACCAUCCGCAACGAUUAUCGCAGGACCCAGCCCCUAAACAACAGAGUAGUGGAAGCCAACUUCCUGCACCUCCCUAAUCAGGAGUGUGCUCAGCUGGAGUCUUACCUAAGCAAGAUCAGCAAAGACCUCCAGUACUUAAGAAGAUGUACUAAAAAGAGGAAAGUUAGGCGAACACACCCUUAUUACUAUUAUUAACCAGCAGGAGCUAGUGGCAGAGGAAGACGCCCACAGCAGCCACACCUUGCCCUGCCUAAGGAACGUAUUUUCCCUCGCAUCACUCCCCUCGCGGCAGCUGUUGAAUUUCUGGUUAAAAUAGGAGAAACCAUCAUCCCUGAAGUGAGAUGGUUUAAGUGUGUGAGAAGGGAUUUGAGUUUGACGUCACCAAUUGACAGGAAUAGAAAUUGAAGGGAAAUGGAGCCCAGUUUAUCUCCCUGCGAAAUCAUUCAUUUUGAUCUGUGUAAAUGACA